AUGAAGCAUGUUAUUAAUGUUCGCAUCAUUGUCUUGUGGGCAUAUGCAUACCCAUGUCUGUCUAGAAUGUUGGAUGAAUCAUCUGUUGUUAAAGCACACCAGGAAUGGAUGAUCAAGUAUGGAAUCACAUACACAAAUAGUUCUGAGAUGGAGAAACGCUUACAGAUUUUUCAAAGAGAAUUUAGAAAAAAUACAGAAGUUUAA